CUCCUCCAGAUAGUAUCAUCAGUUGAAUCUGAGAUAGCAUUGCGUAUGUGUCGUGUGAAAAUCUCAGCUUGUUAGGAUUUUUCGCUUUCAAUUUUCCUGCACUUCAAAAAGCAAAUAUGCUGACUGAUUUUUGAUGAAAAUCUAACCAUUUUCACCUAAUCGAACUAAUCGAAUGAGGCACGCCAGGAAUUGAAAAAAGUGGUAUAGUUUGGCUCCAUCUCUUCAAAGUAAUUCGGACGAUCUUAAAUAGGGAACAAAUACCUAUAUGUGCGAAAAAGGAAUUCUCCAUGGUGACUGGAUAUGGAGUAGAAGUGCUACCAAUGAUAGAUUCGUGAUUGUGAGAUGCAUCGCACAAUAAAAGAUUAAUCAGUACAUGCGAUUGCGAAGAUAAUGUCCUUGACGGACAUAAAAUAAUGUUCAUCUUACCUUAGGCAAACAUGCUUAUCCUCUACUAUAACGCAAAUAUAUAAGGCAUCAAAAAGUGUGAAGUGUGUAAACGUGUAUCAAAGUGUUUCCAUAGGCUAGCAUGAUAUUAAUAAAUGUAAAAGGAUAAUAUUCAAUGGGCAAACAUGCUUUAACACAGCUGGCUGUUUCUUUCGCAGAUGACAAAAGGAUGAAAAUCAGACACUGAGCUCCCAGUCAUACCCAGCGUCUCCAAGAAAGAAGGGAAAAAUUUUCGUUCCAGCGUACGAACAUUAUCACUGGUGCCUUCACCGAAAGCAAUCGAACCAGUAUGAAAAGAGUUCAGAUAUUAUGCAGAAAAUUCCAACGUCAUACCACCUCGGUCAAGAUGAAGUUCAUUUCACCCCAUGCUCCAUUCAUCCGAGCCACCAGCACCUGAUACAGCUCAGUUCAGAGCCAUCGUUUAUUGUUUCAGGCAAAGAAAGCUUUAUCACUACAAUACAAUUGAUGUGUCAUUUUUUUCUAUGCUUCGUCGUCAGUUGUGCUACUACCAGAGUAAAUCUGGUUUACUCCAAUCAAGCGAUGGCAAGCAACUUCAUCACUCACCAUACUGACGAAAGGAAACAAUCACAAUGUUUCAAGAGUAUAUUAAUCAAAACUUACCUCUUUCCUCGAAAAACAGCGCUGCGAAUUUCAUCUAUCUUCACAUUUGUGAAUACCACACUGGAAUACCAUUCAUCGCGAACCUAUAAAUUCUGCUCUACUGUCUUAAAUAAACCUUCUGAAAGCUUCACAAUUGAAUCAAAUGUAAAAACAAAAUCAGAUGAAUUUAAUGUAGUCAUGAGACUAAGUGACGAAAUAUCAGACAAAAUGGAUAGUAUGGUAGCUUUACAAUCAGAAGUUGUAGUACAAGGAAGAAAGAGUUGUAUAGUUCUGAAAGUAUAUUCAAGAACUACCGAGUAUAAAUACGAUUGUGUGCAGUACGAUAAAUCUUUUUCUACAUACCAUAGUAUUGAACAUACUGAGCUAAUCAUUUAUAAUCAGCUCAAACAUAUUGUGAAUGGAAUUGAUUACAUGCGUAAGAAAUUUACAAUACAUAUUUACAACAACUCAACACGGACUUACGACGUCUUCUAUAUUGUUGAUUGGAUAGAUUAUAGAAUUUACAUAGCAGCCAAAAACGACAACUGCUGUAAUAUAGUACAUUGCUGUUCUUGUGACCGUUACAAGGAAAUCGUAUUUGCACUAGGUGUCGGAUGUACCAGGCGGACAACGGAAAGAACCCAUUUCUACCAUAUAAAGCAGAAUGCUGGAUCUCGUAGAAAAACCGCUACUUUAAGCCACAUUCUCGAAACGACUACCACAAUAUUUACGAUGACAACAUGGAUGCUCUUGCUAAUGAGAAAAUGGAAAAACAUACAAAUCAACCUGCAAAUGUUACUCGUUCUGUCCUUGUGCGUACCGAUCGUAUCAGCAGCCUACCAGAACAAUAAAUACAGCACCAACAUUAUCAAAACAAAGUACGGACCUCUGAGGGGAAUCGUGAUGCAUUCCAACCCAAUUGUAGAAGCAUUCCUCGGUGUACCUUAUGCUUCACCACCAAUCGGGAGCUUACGGUACAUGCCUCCAGUAACGCCAUCGACGUGGAAAGCUACUAAACUGGCCGACAACUUUUCUCCAGUAUGUCCCCAAGCGCUUCCCAAAUUGUACGGUUCGGAUGGCCUGUUUGAACACACUCGUGGGCGGUUAGCUCAUCUUCGACGUCUUCUACCACUGUUGUCCAACCAAUCUGAAGAUUGUUUGUACCUUAAUCUAUAUGUUCCGCGAUCUGGUGAAUCCGUGGAACCUGAUGGAACUACUAAAGCAACAAUAGUGUACAUACACGGUGAAUCAUACGAAUGGAACUCAGGGAAUCCAUACGACGGUUCUAUACUAGCAUCUACUGGAAAUGUGAUCCUUGUAACGAUUAAUUUUAGGUUAGGCGUAUUAGGUUUUUUGAAAACUGGAGCAAAGGGUAGUGCUCAAGGCAACUUUGGGCUGAUGGAUUUGGUGGCGGCUUUGCAUUGGCUGAGAGAAAACCUGUCAGCUUUUCAUGGCGACCCCUCGCGAAUCACACUAAUGGGCCACGGAACGGGUGCAGCAUUAGCUAAUAUUCUAGUAGUUUCCCCUGUAGCUAGCGAUUUAAUUCACCGAGUAGUGUUAUUGAGCGGAUCAGCUCUUUCGCCUUGGGCAAUUCAAAGGGAUCCAUUAGCAAUAAAACAAUAUGUUGCCAAUCAAACCGGAUGUCAGCUAGAUUUAUUGGCGGACGACAUAGCACCCUGUUUAAGAACCAAAGCCGUUACAGAACUACUUCGAAUUACUCCUCCCAAUCCCAGAUUCCUACCAGGAUACGCACCAUUUGUGGACGGUACCGUAAUAAUCAACCCCAGAACAGCAAACAUUCGUUUACCUACUCUACCACUGGGAUCAGCAAUUACAAGCACAAAUGGGAUCGAAUUUGCAAAUUUUCCGAGAGCUGAAUUACUGUUUGGAUUGACGUCUUAUGAAUCGUACAACGACCUUAACGCUCAAGACUUGGAGUUUGGCUUUAAUGAAACAAGAAGAGACAGAAUACUACGAACUUACGUACGAAACGUGUUUCACUUUCAUUUGAAAGAAAUCUAUUCAACUCUGAGGAAUGAGUAUACGGACUGGGAGCACCCACCUCGAAAUUUAUUGGGGCAUCGUGACACCAUUCUGGAACUACUGAGCGAUGGUCACACUGCAGCGCCAUUGGUGCGAUUGGGCUACUUGCAUAGUCUGCAGGAAGGAAAAUCAUAUUUUUUACACUUCAGACAUCAAUCCGGCGAACGUGACUUUCCUGAGCGUGGAGGUUCUGUUCGUGGCGAAGACGUGCCUUUCACUUUUGGACUUCCAGUGUCGCCACUUUUUUCAUCAAAUUAUUCGCUAGAAGACAAACAAAUAAGUCAAAUAUUAGUGCAGUAUUUGACCAACUUUGCAAAAACAGGAAUGCCCAAUGGACUGAAGACGCCAAAUGUGAGGGACAUAUCGAAGAAUGACCAUGGAAGCAUACGAAAUUUGUAUAAUGUCAACAGUAUCCCUCGGUACAAACGAUCGAAUUUCAAAUUUCGUCUUCAAAAAGAUCAGAUACCGCCACUUUUACUAAACAACAAGCUCUUGAGAAGUCUUUAUCGAAGUAACAUGAACACUAGUUACUUCGAUACCAAUAGCAAUGAAGAGUACAACAGCAAUAAGGACAACGAUAGCUGGGAUGACACUAUAAACGAACCCGAUGAAAUCAAUGUUAUGCAAGAUAGUCCUAGCUAUGGGAGACGAGAAUCAUAUGACGAAAACAAUAGUGAUGAUAGCAGUGACGAUAACGAUAGCUUCGAUGAUAUAAAAAAGGACACUGUUCUUAAGCUGGAAAACUGGGAUAUGUAUGAUUCUAUCAACCAGAUUUACCUGGAGCUAGGUAAGUCUGGUUGCAGUGUGACAGCACGAAGUCAUUAUCGUGGGCACAAGCUAUCGAUGUGGUUGAGUCUCAUACCACAACUUCACUCGUUCGAUGAUGCCGCCUAUCUUCCAAUGCGGCACCAUCAUUUUACUGAUGAUAAACCUGAGUACUAUGACGGAAGGUUAAAGGAACCGCCAAAUAUAACGCUACCGAGACUAAUAACAAUUGCGAAAACCACUACCAAGCCACAAAAGACUGAAACAAACGUUGUGCCAUUCGCACAGACCGUACCAACAGAAUGCCCACCAAACAUGACUGUUAUGCCACCAAUUGCUGCGACGUAUCCCCAGCGGAACCAGAUGAAUACAAUAGAUAGCAGCAAAGAUAUAAUCAAUCAAUUGGCCAACUCGCAGUACCAAAACUACUCAACAGCAUUCAACAUCACCAUUGGAGUGGGAUGCUUUCUACUACUUCUAAAUGUUAUAAUUUUUUCUGCAAUUUACUACCAAAGAGAAAAACAUGCAAAUCUCAACAAGCAGAAGGAAAACGCAAUCUCAGAGGAUGCACUACAUGAUGAAUCAACUUCGACAGAAGGAAGAUUUGAGCAACAAAAAAUUGUCAGAAAUUUCGAAAAAGAUGAUACAGGCUCAAAAUCUAACAUAAAAUUUCAAUGCGUGUCCAGUGGAGCAUCACUCAAUGAUUACAGUUGCUUUGAACAAGGCUCAGACAUGAAGAAAAAAUGCAUAAUAGUAGACGUAUGUAGCUCAGAGCUUCCAUUAAAAGAGUACCCCUAUACGUCACCAAGAGGAUCUACAACUGGUAGUAUCCAUCGUACAGUAACUCCUGAAAUAUAUAAAAAUUUAUCACACGAAAACCUCACAGCGGUACCACAAGCGUAUUCAUCGCAACCUUCAUCGAUGUCAGAUUCAUCUUCAAUUACUGUCAGUACGAGUCAUCCAAUGCGACACAAUGCUUCGACAACCACUGGAGACCAGUGUACACAAUCUGAGCAAGCAUGUCUACCGGAAACACAAGAAAUAGGCACCACUGUCAACGAAGUUGAUCUAGACUAUAGCUCUAUGAUGAUGGAAACGUCGCAAGCUACCCGUUCUGCAGGAUUUCAUGGAGGUAUUCUACGGCAGCAGACCGGUUCCGUCAUUCAUGGAACUGCCAAAAAACGUGUUCAAAUACAGGAAAUAUCUGUAUAAUGUACAAAGCAGAUCGUUCUUCCGAAAAUCUCAAUAAUACGAUUUCUACGCCAGCUUAACAAGCAGCGUUAAUGUACUACAAUAACCGACUAAUAAAUGUACAUAACUGUAGUUAA